UUGGGCAAUGUUGUCGGCUACCAAGUAAGAAUGGGGUCUGUGCUUCCAAGAUUCAAUGAUGGAUACAUCAUACUUUGUACUCUAGGAGUGAUGCUUAGAAAACUGCUUUCUCCGGAUGGAAUGAGAGGCAUAACCCAUCUGAUUAUCGAUGAGGCCCACGAGCGUGAUCUGAAUACAGAUAUUCUGCUGCUCCUGUCGAAAAGGGCGAUAAAGAACAAUCCUGAUUUGAGAAUUGUAAUAAUGAGUGCCACCAUCAAUCCCGAACUGUUCCAAAAUUAUUUCAACAAUGCGCCUUCUCUCCUUGUUCCUGGCUUCACGCAUCCAGUCACGUCACGGUUUUUGGAUCCAGACAUCGAUUCACGUGUGAUAGCAAAGGCGGUGCAUUGGGUGGCCGCCAACCGGCCUCCGGGAGCCAUCCUGGUCUUUCUGCCCGGAUGGGACACGAUCAGCAAGGUGCGCGACGAACUGGAGGGUCAUCCGCGGUUGGCAGUGUUGCCAGUUCACUCGCGACUAUCGCACGACGACCAGCGACGCAUCUUCCAGAGGCCGCCGGCCGGCAGACGCAAGGUGGUGCUAGCCACUAAUAUAGCCGAGACCAGCAUCACCAUCAAUGACGUCGUAUAUGUCAUCGAUUCGGGACUUCUCAAGGAGAAAAGGUUGAACUCGAGAGACGGAAUGUCGUGCCUGGACAACCAUUGGGCGUCGAAAGCAAGCGUGAUCCAGCGCAAGGGGCGAGCGGGUCGAGUCCAGCCGGGCGAGUGUUACCAUCUCUACAGCCAGCACAAGUUUGACUCUCUCGACGAGUUUCCAAUGCCAGAGGUGCACAGGAUUCGCCUGGAAAUGGUCGUCCUGCAAUCAAAGACAUACAGUGGUCAUGAAGAAGCUGAACAGUUCCUGCGUCAACUUCCGGAGCCUCCAAGUGUUUCUGUGAUUAGAGAGGCGGUGAAAACCCUCCAGUUUAUGGGAGCUCUGGACAUGGAGGAGAACCUGACUGCACUUGGCCAUAGGAUAUCAGUAUUCACAACUCACCCACUCAUAUCAAAGGCUCUUGUCUACUCAUACUUUUUCAAAUGUGUGAACCCGCUUAUAACGAUUGCACCAUCAUGUCAUCCGAGAGAGAUUUAUUCCCGGGGAUGGGCGUGGACAAGAGUCUCAUAAGGGUUGGCAAGGCCAGGUUCAGCCCUUCGAGUGACCACCUGGCCAUGGCUUGGCUCUUCCAGCAGUGGUCCGAGUACCAGACACGCGACGAACGCCGAGCCAGGAGUCUCAUGGAGGAGAUGCUUGGCAACCACAAUGCUUUCCUAUUCAUCCAACGUUAGUAACAAUUUUAU